UUGCAAUUGAAUCUGCGGUCACGUUGUAGCGCUCACUAAGAAAAAUGAAAAACAUUACUUAAAAAAAUUGCAAAAUAACGUGGAGCAGGCAAACUUGGCAGCUAAUUGGAAGACAAGGUGUUAACACGGUUGGGGUGUAGGUUCCGCGGAGGUGGUUUGUUGGUGUGUGCGUUGUUAAAGUAAGCGACAAAAUGCCAGGCAAGGUGGGCGUCAAAAUAAAGGCUGCGCGCAAUCUGCCAGUGAUGGACAAAAGCAGUGAGACAACCGACGCAUUUGUGGAGAUCAAGUUGGCCAACAAAGAGCACAAAACGGAGGUGUUCAAGAAAAGUCUCAAUCCAACGUGGAACACUGAUUGGUUUCGCUUUGAGGUCGAUGACGCUGAAUUACAGGAUGAGCCGUUGCAAAUACGUCUGAUGGACUAUGAUACAUACUCGGCCAAUGAUGCCAUAGGCAAGGUCAACAUCAGCUUGAAUCCUCUGUGCCUGGAGAGCUCUAGUCAGGCGGCCCACGGUAAGGGGACCGUGCUCUCCGGUUGGAUUCCAGUAUUCGAUACCAUGCACGGUAUACGCGGUGAAAUCAAUGUCAUUGUCAAGGUGGAUCUCUUCUCCGAUGUCAACAAAUUCCGACAGAGCUCAUGUGGCAUACCAUUCUUUCACUCUCAAUGUGUGCCAUUUGGUUAUCGAGCACAAGUUAUCCAUGGAUUUGUCGAGGAGUUGGUGGUCAACGAUGAUCCCGAGUAUCAGUGGAUUGACAAAAUACGCACACCACGCGCCUCCAAUGAGGCUCGUCAGGUUGUCUUCCUCAAGCUCUCUGGUCAAGUGCAGCGCAAAAUGGGUCUUAAGGCCAUCAAUAUGGGCGCCAAUGCAGUCAUCGGUUACACACAGUGUUUUGAUCUGGAAGGCGAUGUUGGUGUUGUGGCCAGAGGCGUCGGUACAGCGGUUACACUUAUAAAGGACACGACCAGCAGUCAGCCAAACAGCGCGGAUGUUGCACUAAUCGAAGAAGUGCAGAAGUAUUUAGACUUUCUCAAUUGCACCGGGGACAGUAGUGUCAGUUUACCGUUGUCUGGUCGCUCACCCCAGUAUCGUCUCAAUAUCUAUAAACAGCCAACGGCGAGUGUUAGUCCCAGCUCAGCGGCAGCAGCAGCAGCGGCGGCGGCAACAAUGUUCUAUUUGGAAAGCGGCAGCAGUGACACAGAGGAUGCGGAUGUUAUGCAGAAUCUCUUGCGACAGGAGGAUGAGCGUGGCGAGAAAACACGAGAGAAGAAACUACGCCAUCGUAUGCGUCGCUUAACUUCCUCCUCGAGGAAUGUUUUCAGCGAGAAAUAUGCAACACUUUUGCGUCGCAUCGAACCCAAAAUCCCAGAAAAUGCCACGCAAUCGUUGAGCAAUAUUUUCGGUGGCAGCGCAUCGAGUAGCAAGCGACGACGUCGCUCCCGCUACUCGUUGAGCAAACGGGCUUCGCCGGCCAUUUUGCGUUCCAUAAGUGAUGCCACUGGGGCUGGACCCAACAUGUGUCAGCUGGCGGUGCCCCAGUAUCAGGAGAACACACGUUCUGCACCGGAUUUGGACGUUGAUGUCUUUCAACGUAAGUCCAAUUAUUCUACCGACUCCAGCGAGUCGCUCUCAAUAAUUGAAACGCUUGCCACAGACCUUGAUCGUGUAGCGACAGCAGCCGACACAACAACCACAUCAAGUGACAGCGAUGAGCAUGACGAUGAUGAUGAUAGCAAGUUGCAGGACAAUUGGAUUAAGCCGGGCGAGACACGCAGCUGUGAGAAUAGUCAAUUGGACUUGACACCCAAACGACAUACGCUGCUCGAGGAUUUAAAGGGUUUCUCACGCCGUGUGCAGAAGCUGAUGCAUUUGUCACCAGCUGCCCAUCAACCCAGUCAGACGCUGGCCAAGCGUUCGCUGUUGUUCGCCGCAGCUGCACUUCAGCCGACCAUGGAGCGCAAAUCGUAUUAUUGCUCACAGCCAGAGUUGCCCACAAUUAGUGCCGAUGAUGCUUGUUGGCCGGGAGGCAAUAUUAAUUUGAAUGCGUCCGCUUCCAUGCUGCAGCUGAAUCACUUGCCCAGCUAUGAGUCUAGCUUGCGUUUACAACGCAGUGCAUCGUUAAGUCGUUUCGCAAGCGUUAGUUGUCUAGAUGAUGCAGCACCCAUAGCACCAGCACCGCCUCAAACACAACCACCACAAUUACCAGAAUUGUGCAUUUGUCCCUCAACCCCAACGCCAACAGAAUCCGAUAUCAGCUCCCAGACACAGCGUGCCUUUGAUUUUUAUGAUCCUCCCGUUUUCAAGCUAGACCAUGUUGUAAAUAUCUCUAAUAGUACUAACCAUAGUAAUAACAAUAAUAAAUCAUCAUUGCUUGCUCCAUGCUAUUCUGUUUCGCCAUCUGCCAUUCAAAAUCCACCACGACAACGACCACUUCAACGACAACAACAACCAACCAAAUGCUCAACUAGGUCCAGCAAUGAUCUGCAGCAACAGCAAAUGCAGCAGCAGCAACAACAGUCGCCAGCUGCCCACGCCCAAGGUGGCGUCCUCAUUCCCACAACGAUUGCCACCCUUGAGAAUAAUGCGAAUGCCAAAAAAUUUGCAUCGCCAGUGGGCAGCAAUCGGUUGAAGCUCACGCCGAGUCCAUCGAAAAGCGGAAUAUCGGGUGGCGCCAAUGCGGACAGUGCAUCCACAUCUACUACAUCGACGGCCACCACAAUGGUGCCGGCCAAGGAGCUGGGCGAGAUCUGUCGUCGCUCCUCUGACUCGGAUUUGAGUGUGACGCCAAAAGGCAACUCGAUUUGUGUGGCCAGCGAACGUUUGGCGGCAGCAACGGCAAUGAUGCGCCUAACGACACCCACUGUGGGCAAUAAGGCAACCGAUAGUCUGGACAUGCUGGAAUAUCCAUUCUUAACCAUGACCAAAUAUCCAACUGGGUUUAUACUGCAUCUGGGUGCUACUGUGGCUGCCCGUUCAGUCAAACUUCUGGAGCGAGUGCCAAAUCCCGAUGAGCCCGAGGUGCGUGAUAGCUGGUGGACCGAGCUGCGUAUGGAAAUUCGUUCGCAUGCAAGAUCAUUGGGCUGCAAUGUGGUGCUGGGGUACGCCGAGUCCACAACCAUAUCUGAUGAUGUUUGCGUCUUGUCUGCUACGGGCACCGCAGCUGUUAUCAACAUGGUCUUUAAUCGUUCAGUGUCGCAAACUGACAUCUUUGCCAUUUCGAAACAAAGCAAUACUGUGGCUGCCAUGUCAAAUUCGCUGGAGGAACGUGAACCAAACGGCAGCAUAGGUGAUGCGGCAACCUCUGGCAAAGACAACGGCUCCCUGGGCACAUCGAAUGGCUCGGCAGGGAAACGCUACGGCUUGCCGCCUCCGAAUGCGCCACGCAACACUUGUGCGGUGUGUCAUGUGCCCUAUAAUCUUAACUCGGUGCCAUUCAAUGUGAAGAUGAAGAAGUGUGCUAUCUGCCGAAAGGGUCGAGUGCCUGACGUGCUAUUGGCCACACUGGAAGUGCCGGAAUACGUGCAAGUCAGCGGACGCGGUUGUUUUAUGCAAGCACAGGUGGUGCGCGCUAAAAGGGAUUUGCGUGCCGAACUCAAUGCCAAAGAAAUAUCCGAUGGGCUUCCGUUCUUGGAGUACGAGCUGCAUCGUGUGCUCAUAAAUAAGUUGAAGGCCAAGGGCAUGAAUGCCAUAUUUGGACUGCGCACCCAAGUGGCAAUUGGGGAACGCAUGAUAGCAUUAAUAGCCACAGGCACAGCGCUGUUUUUAAGUGCACUGCCUGUUCCACAGGUGCCCAAAAUUGUGGCCGGCAAUUCGUGGACAGACAAGCAAAAACUCAAUGAGCUGCAGAAGAAACUGCAGGAGACAUUCGAGCGCAAUCAGGAAAUAUAUCAGUUGAAGAGCAUGGAUCCCGAUUUGGCCAGCUCGAGUGGUGCUGCGGGCGAUAAGCAAUCAGAUACGGAUGACUCGGAUGAUGAGGAAAUGAAUGAAAUUGAUUUGAAUUGCGGCAAUAAAGAGUUGUGUGUGCUAGAGGUGGAUGAUAUUGAGGAUCUGGAGAUUAUAUCGCUGCUGAUGGAGCCGUAUCCGCCUGAGGGCUUCCAUGUGGUCAACACACAACAGGUGCCGGGCAUGCUCGACUUGGAUGCGGUGAAGAAUCUACAGAUGUUCACGCAAGUCUGGCGUGCACGCCUUGAAGUUGGACAAAAUGUAAAUGGUUUUCCCAAGCACUUUCAGCGGCUGCUGCAAACUAUUUAUUUCAAGCUGCGCACCAUGAUACCUUGUGCCAUUUGCGAUCUGCGCUUCCGACUGGAUUUGCCCGAAUCCGACCAAAUCCAAUUGCUGGUCACUGGCAUGGCGAUGGGAUUGAGUGAUGCCAAUAAAGUGAAAUACCGCCGUCGUGGAGCGCCCGCUGUGCAGCAAAAUGGCUUCAACGAUGCAGUAAUGCAGGCGCAAACACAACCUGUAUCCGCUGUACACGCAGCACAGUCGCAACCCGAGUUGAAUGGCAAACGAAUGCUGCAGGAAGAGGACUACAUAUUUCCGCUGGACGAGGAUCAAGUUGUAGAUACUCCAACGCCCACAAGCACAGCAAUACCGCCCUUUGGCAUGAGCUCAUUUAAGCAACGUAAGACAUCGCCAUCUCGUCUGGGAAAUCUGACCACAGCUUUGCCAUCCGCCAAGUCGCUCAACAUAGCGCCAGUGACGCGCACUCGCUAUUUUCCGCUACGAGAUCGUUAUGGUGUCGACCUAACGCCGCUUAGCUUUAUACCCGGCGGUCGCAUCGAAAAGUAUUUGGGCAAUCUAAACUUUUUCUUCAUCAGAGAGAGCACUUCCAUACGCGAGAAUGGUGGCAUUAGUGGAUUUGUUCAUGGCUUCAUCACUGAGCUUUUAGCUGUGGUGCGUGCCCAUAUUGCUUCGCUGGGUGGCAAUGCCAUGGUCUCUUUCUACAUAACCGAACUGAUAUUGUUCGAUAAUCAGCAUAAAAAUCAAGGUCAGUGUCUGAUUAGCAUCGGUGGCGAUGCGGUUUAUGUGAGCUAUUAUGCCGAUGACUGAUAUACACGUCUGCGGGGUAUAUAGCGCUUAUUUUACGCCAAUCGCCCUAAAAGUCUCUACUACUGAAAUCAACUUCCUCUCUUACUUGUUCGCUCUCUCCCCCCCUCUCUAUCAACAUGAUGACCUUUAAUGACAAAUGUGCUAGGCACAACCUAAACUUAAAAAAACUACUUACUUGUUAUGUUGUACUUAAACAAAAGGCACAGUAACGAAAACAACAACUGAAAUAGGGGCAGUAACUUGUACUUACAACUGUAGUGACUUAUAGUCGAAGUCGGUAUGCAAUAUUCGAACUGUGACGUUCUCCAACAAAAUGUAGCGUGAAUUUUUAGGUCUUGUUAAUUGUUUGCUUAAUAUUUAGAUUUUAGCUACGAUUUGCGAUUUGUACAUAGUUGAAGUGUUUAUUGAAUUUACUAUUUCCUCCCUUCAGAUUACAAAUAAAUAAUAAUUGUUACCCCCUGUCAAUGAGCUAAUAACACAUUACAAUUUUGCCACAAAUAACUUAUGUAAAAUAUAAUACAUAAUACAUACAUACUUAACACAUGUUGAAAAUAUAUGUACAAUUGCUCAAUUGGAA